AAAUUGUAUGAACAAUCCCAAAAACAUCGAUUUACAUGUCUCAAAAAUGAAUCUGAAUUCCGAAGUGAUUGGAUGCAUUUUACGCCUAAAGCAAGUCAGGCAAUUAAGCAAAGCCAUUUGACUGGAAUGGUCUUACACAUAUGGGAUAAGUAUAUGGUGUUAGGUAAUAAACAUUUUAGGAUUAGAAUGAUGUUAUACUUGCCAAAAUAUUUCCUUAUAUCACUUCUUGCCUUGAGUUGCUUUGGAAGACAAAGAAUUGCUGCUGUUACUCUGCCUGAAGAUGAGGUGGAAGCACUGAAUCAGAUAACCCAGAAAAUGGGAGCCAGUGGGUGGAGUUUCAGUGGUGAUGAUGCAUGUGGAAGUGAAGUGGAUCAAUCAAUAGGCGGCCGGAGAAACAUAACAUGUAACUGCCAAUUCUUGAACAACACUUGCCACAUUCUAUUACUGGAGAUCAAGAACUUCAGUCUUCCAGGAGUACUUCCACCUCAACUCAUCCAGCUUCCCAACCUUGAAAGCAUAGAUUUUGCUUACAAUUAUCUUACUGGUUCCAUUCCGCAAGAAUGGACUUCGAUGCAACUGAAGUUCAUCUCGGUUUUGGUAAACCGGUUAUCGGGGACUAUUCCUACCUAUUUGGAGGACUUCACCAGUCUUACAUACUUGAACCUUGAAGCUAACCAAUUUUCUGGACUGGUCCCUCAGGAGCUGGGAAAGUUGGUUAACUUGAACAGCUUGAUACUAUGUUCCAAUAAUUUGAGCGGCAAUUUACCAAUGCAACUUGCUGAGCUGAAAAACCUGACUGAUUUCAGGAUAAGUGACAACAACUUCAACGGGAGCAUACCUGAUUUCAUUGGCAGCUGGCGUCAGCUCCAGAGACUAGAACUGCAAGCCAGUGGACUGAGAGGACCCAUUCCAUCAUCAAUCUCUCUUUUGGAAAAUUUAACCGAUUUGAGGAUUAGUGACAUAAAGGGAGCAACGCAGGCCUUUCCUAAUCUGAGUAGCAUGACAAAUCUUAAACGACUAGUCUUGAGGAACUGCAAUAUUUCUGGAGAAAUCCCCCCAUACAUCUGGGGAAUGAAUAACCUGCUCACCCUGGAUCUCAGCUAUAAUAACUUGAGAGGGAAGCCUCCCAACUCAAUUGAUAAUAAACACCUGUUAUUUCUGUUUCUAAGUCACAAUCUGCUCAAUGGAGACAUUCCACUCUUCAGGAAAGAAACGGAUGUGGAUCUUUCCUAUAAUAAUUUCACAAGACAGAGCCCUGCAAACCCUGCUUGUCAGCAGACAAGAGGGAUGAAUCUAAACUUGUACCGAAGUUCUUCCAUGAGAAAUGACCUAGGUGGGGCAUGCAUGGAGGAUUUCAUAUGUAAUGAAUAUUGGCAUUCUGUAUACAUAAAUUGCGGUGGAAGUAAUGAAAUGGUAAAUAGAAAUACAUAUGAAGGAGAUGGAGAAGAUAGUGGCGGUGCUGCACGAUUUUAUCAACACAGAAACAACUGGGGAUUUAGUAGCACUGGGGAUUUUAUGGGUGACAGUGAUGAUCGGAACUUAGCCUCCAACAUUAUAAUUUCAUCAUCAUCAAACCUUAGUGGAUUGUACAGGACAGCUCGGCUGUCUCCUCUUUCUCUUACUUAUUAUCGAUAUUGUUUAGUGAAUGGAAGUUAUAAUAUCACCCUAUACUUUGCUGAGAUCCUAUUCACAAAUGAAAAACAUUAUAACAGCCUUGGGAGGCGCAUCUUUGACAUCUAUAUUCAGGAUAUUCUAGUGGAGAAGGAUUUCAAUAUAAAAACUAACGCCUCAGGUGUUCUUACUCCAACCAAAAUUACAUAUGCUGUUAAUGUUUCAAAAAGUAUCUUGGAAAUCCGCUUCUAUUGGGCUGGCAAAGGUACCACUAGGAUUCCCAGAAUUGGUAUGUAUGGCCCCCUGAUAUCAGCUAUUUCCGCUGUGAACCUCAACUUUAGACCUCGCACUGGAGGCAGGAAAACAAAAGUUGCACCGAUUGUCAUUGGGGUGAUAGUAUCAUGUUUGAUAUUCUCAACACUGGGUGUCAUUUGGUGGAGACACCAUUCGAAAGUGAAGAACAAGAGGCAUAAAGACCUUGAAGGACUAGAAAUCCAAAUUGCUUCUUUUACCUUAAAGCAAAUUAAAGACGCCACUGACAAUUUUGAUUCUUCAAACAAAAUUGGAGAAGGAGGAUUUGGACCUGUUUACAAGGGCUCCUUGGCUGAUGGUACUGGGAUUGCUGUUAAGCAGCUGUCAUCUAAAUCAAGUCAGGGAAAUCGUGAGUUUUUGAAUGAAAUAGGCAUGAUUUCAUGUUUACAGCAUCCAAAUCUUGUUAAGCUUCAUGGUUGUUGUAUAGAAGAAGAUCAACUAUUGUUAGUGUAUGAAUAUAUGGAAAACAACAGCCUUGCUCGUGCUUUAUUCGGCGCAGCAGACAAACAAUUGAAAUUGGACUGGCAAACAAGGCACAAGAUCUGUGUUGGGGUAGCUAGAGGUUUAGCUUUUCUGCAUGAAGAAUCAAGCCUCAGAAUUGUUCACAGAGACAUCAAAGGCACCAAUAUUCUCCUGGAUAAGAAUUUAAACCCAAAAAUAUCUGACUUUGGGUUGGCUAAACUGGAUGAAAAAGACAAAACCCACAUCAGCACCAGAAUUGCUGGAACCAUAGGAUACAUAGCACCAGAAUAUGCAUUAUGGGGAUAUUUGACCUACAAAGCAGAUGUUUACAGUUUUGGCAUUGUGGCAUUGGAAAUCGUUAGUGGGAGGAAUAAUAUGAAUCGCGGACCAGAGUCCAAGUUUACUUGUCUUCUAGAUUGGGCCUGCCAAUUGCAGAAAUGUGGGAACCUAAUGGAGCUAGUGGAUGAGAAGUUGGGAUCAGAGUUUAAUAAGGCAGAAGCAGAAAGGAUGAUCAAAGUGGCUCUCUUAUGCACAAAUGAUACACCCUCUGUAAGACCAACAAUGUCUGAAGUGGUGGGUAUGCUAGAAGGAACUAGGUUCGUACCUGAUGUGAUCGCCAAUGAGAGUAACAAUACUGAAGAUUUGAGGUUUAAAAUCAUAAGAGAUCAUCUUAAAUCAAUGACAAGUGACAGCUCUGGAAUAAGUGAGGACCAUGACUCAAAAUCAAUCGUGUGCAGGCGUGGUUCUUCCUGUGUUUGUACCAGUACUGAUCUAUAAAAAGCAGCAAGUCAUGUAUGUAUAUAUAUAUAUUCUUGUAAUCUCUCAAUCAUCAUUCAAGGGGUCAGAAUUUUCUCUUCAAGUUUCUCCAACCCCAUUGUAAUACAAGGUAUUCCACGCCAGCUACAAAAUUAUGUACUGUGAUGAAAGAUUUAAUGCUCGUGUAUGAACAUGAUUUACAAUGAUCACAGAAAAGCUCAUAAAUUAAAAUUGUUGAUAUGAUAAUUGCUUACUUUGGAUGACUAA